AUGGUCUCCAACAGCAGAGCAUCUGGAAAUGUUGCCGAGUCUUUCAUCAGAGGAAGUACAUGGGCUGCGUCUUUGGUGAUCCUGAACACAAUGCAUGCAGAGCGAUUGGGCCUACGAUAUGCCGCGCAAGGUGCUGCCCUGGCAGUCUACCGACAGCGUCGCUUGUGGCAAGAAGCCUUGCAGCAGUUUCUGCAGGAGGGAAUCUUCACGCUGCUGACAAUGAAACGCAUGUUCUCCAUCCUUGCCGAUGCUAAUCAAGUUGGCUUGUUGAAGAAACUACUGGCAUUUUUUCGUCAGAACGAGAGGACUUCGCGUAAUGCUCCACGAGUUGCAGCGAAUGCAUUUGCGGAAGCUGGUCUUUGGCAGGCGCAUCGGUUUACGCCCGGUCAGCAGCUGCAGGAAAAGGUCAUGGGCGCGAAAUUCCGCGCAGCGCGCUGGCGAGAGGCAUGUUUCCUCGUGGCGUCCCAGAGACUUGAUGACACUUUCUUCAGUGUUGCUCUACUCUCCAAUGCUGUUGGCGCUUGUAGCCGCAUCCUCGGUUAG